ACAUCCUUUCUCACCCCUAAAAUCAUUGAAUACAAUUGCCAACAACGAUAAUGCCGACUUCUGCCAUCACCCACCACCUCCUCCUCGUCCUCCUGUCCCUCCUCCUUGUCUGUCCUUCGCUUUCGAAAGAUGACAAGUGCCACAUGGAGGACAAGAGAGUCCUUCUCAAGAUAAAUAAGGCCCUGAGCAACGGCCAUGACUUGUGGACUCUUGACCUGGAUUGCUGCUCGUGGCACGGCGUGACAUGUGAUGACACCACCAACCGUGUCACUGCCCUUGCCUUCCUCCAAAUAGACCUCCCUGGUCGAAUCCCUGAGGCCAUUGGUGACUUCCCUUACCUCCAGACCAUAAUCUUCCACAAAGUGACCAAUCUCUCCGGCCCCAUCCCUUACUCCAUCACCAAGCUCAAGUACCUAAAUUUUUUGGAUAUCAGCUGGGUCAAUCUCACUGGCACUAUCCCCGGUUACCUUGGCCAGCUCAAGAACCUCACUUAUCUGAACUUAUCCUACAACAACCUCACGGGUCCUAUUCCGAGCUCGCUCUCACAGAUCCCAAAACUUGGCUACAUUAACCUGAGCAGGAACAAGCUCACUGGGACAAUCCCAGCCUCAUUGGCGAACCUGAAAGGCAACAGCCUCUACCUGAUCCUGUCCCAUAACCAGCUCUCUGGUGAGGUCCCUGCCUCUUUUGGGGAGAUCGACUUCAGGAACAUCGACCUCUCUCGGAACAACCUCCAAGGUGACAUAUACAUGCUGUUUGGGUACAAAAAGACCACAGAAAGCAUGGAUUUCUCGAGGAACAUGUUCGAGUUUGACAUGUCGAAGCUUCAGAUACAUAAGAGCUUGGCAUUUUUUGACAUCAACCAUAACAAGAUUCACGGGAGCAUACCAACGGUGAUGACUGAGUUGGAGUUGCAGUCCUUCAAUGUGAGCUAUAAUAGGCUCUGCGGGCAGAUUCCUCAAGGGGGGACGCUACAGACUCGGUUCGAUUACUCUGCUUACUUCCACAACCGGUGCUUGUGCGGUGCUCCCCUCAAUGUAACCUGCAAGUGAACCGGCACAGUUCAACCAGUUCUGAAUUAAGUCUCUGUGCCGCGUCAGACAGCAACAGCAUAUAUAACUGAGGCAUAUCAUUUUAAGCGGGUAAAAAUAUAAACUAUUGCCUGCAA